AUGGAAGAAAUGUUUGAGCGGUUAUCCUCGACGAUUGUUCAUGCAUUAUCAUCGGCAAUGCAACAGAUGACAUCUGCAAUAAUGUCAGCUAUAAUGACACAGCAACAAUCAGGACAAAUGAUGGUACCUUCACUUUUACCUUUGCUACCAUCAAUAACAUCUUUAAAUCCAUCGAGCAAAAAUAUGUUGUUCGAUAUAACACCAACAACAAUGCUCAACAAACCACUUUCUUCAUCAAAUAUUACAUCAACAAAAAAAACAUAA